AUGACUACUAAUAAAAAAUCAAGUAGAAAGCAGACCCUUGAUUGUGAUUGGUCACAAUUUUAAGAACAUUUAAAAGCAAAUAUUCCUUGGAUAGUUUAUGAUUUAAAGGUUGAAAAUAAUAAAUAUUUAGUUUCUAAAAGUAGUAUGAAUAGAUAUGUUUCAAGAGAUGAUAUUUAAAAGUGGUAAAAUGAAAAAUUAUUAUACAUUAUUAAAGAAAAUGAUGAUAAAUGGUAUUCUAUAUUAUUGAGACAUUAAUUUCCCGAAAAAGAGGAAGUUGAAGAAUCAGCUGAGUAUGUUCCAUUAAAAUACUAAAAGCAUGGAGGGAUAAAGAAUGAUGAAAAACCUAAUAUUACUAAGGAUAAUCCUCAAGCGUUAAAAGAAAUUAUGAAGAGGGAAAGCAAUCAAGCUAAAGAUAAAAAUAAGAAUGAUUAAAAAUUAAAUAAAGAUAAUCAAUAAAGCGAGUUUAAAAUAGUUAACUAGUUUGUAUUUGAAGGAAAUGAUGAGCUUAAAAGAAAAUUUAAAACUUAAUAUGAUAUUUUUGAAAAAGAAAACAAAUGA